AGAUACUAUGUUUAGAUAAAGAUGUGGAGUUGGGGAGAGAUCACAGUGCUUAAAGAUUGACUCCUGUUUUUGCAGCAGGGUUAAUGUUUCCUAUGAACAAUGAUCUGAAGUGUGGGAUAGUUAGAGUUUCACAUUUCCAUGAGAGAGAAUAUCGAUUUUCUACCAGAGCACCAUGGAAGUAUUCUUUUCAGCCAGCUUUUGUGGGCACACAUGAUCUGAUUGAGCACAGGAAACUUCAUUUCCAAGCAAGAGGUUUUAAGUAUCAAAAGAUGUCAUCUCAAGUCAUGGAAAAAACAAAAAGCAAUGAGGCUGUCAAAGAUUCUUUGCAGGACCUGCCUCUUUCAAACUCCUACGGAACUGCCAUGGAAGCACUUUCCUCCCUUAUUACACGUCAGAAACGUGGAACCCCCUCAUCCAUUGGUGGCAAAUAUGGAAAAUUGGACAGGAUGCAGAUGUAUCUUAAGGUAACACGAUAACAUUCUUGCUUUGCAAAGGGUAUAUAAGCAAGGGGCAACAAUCUUUUAUUCUGUACAAGUCAGUCGAUGCUUCUUUACCUUUUAUGGUGUUUUUAUUACCUGUUUCCAUUCUUUUGGUUGAAUCAUUAUGCUUGAUUAGUUUUAUUUAUCGACAUUGUACAUGGCAUUCAAGUGCUCCUUUAGUUUUUCAU